GGGUACCAGCAUUGGUUCGCAUUGUUUUAAAAAAAAUUCAGCUUUUGCGAUAUAUUAAACAUUUUGUGCCAAAAAUGAGCCGAUUCUUGGCUGUGUUAAGAAGCUGGCUCAUGAUGGUCUCCAUUAUCGCAGCUGGGAACACAUUCCAGAGCUUUAGAGACCACAGUUUCCUGAGUGACAAGCUUUAUACCGCUAGCCCUAACCUGGUAAAUGGUCUCCAAGCUCGUACUUUUGGGGUGUGGACACUGCUUUCCUCUGUUAUCCGAUGUGCAUGUGCAGUGGAUAUCCGGAACAAGACGCUCUACCACCUCACACUCUGGACAUUCAUACUGGCUCUGGGACAUUUCCUGGCUGAAGUCUUUGUUUACCAAACUGCCGCGAUUACUAUAGGCAUAAUGGCUCCACUGAUGGUUGCAAGUUUCUCAAUUCUUGGGAUGUUGAUUGGGUUCCAAUAUCUGGAGGUUCAACAAGAGUCUUCUGUUCGCUGUAACAAAAAGAAAAACUAGAAAAGUACCCACCAAUAAUGUUAUAAGGUCACAUUAACCAAGGCACCAGUAAAACCCAGAGAUUUUGGACUGCAAAUUAUCACACAAAGAUUAAGUGAAGGCUUUGUGUAGUGGUCACUGGAACCAGAUCUGGACUGAGAUUCAAAUUAGGAUCUGGCAUUUCAAGUACAGAGAGGCCAAACAGACCCUUGGCUUGGAACACGUUGGGAAGCAUUCCCCCCAUCCUAUUGUUGUGUCUAUGAAAUAACAGUUUCAUUAAAUAAAUUAAAUGGAUUUUAUUUUCUCUGUUUUUACAAAAAACAUUAUAUUUUAACUGCAAUUAAUGAUAGAUUGUGCUCCUUUGUUUUGCAAUUUACACAGACUCAAUACUUUGGCAAAAAAUAAAGGUAUACUGAUGAUUUAGGCAUUAAAGAACCCUGAUGGAAACAAAUGCAGAGCAAACAUAGGCUACUAAACCUGUAGUUGCUUUGUUUCAAUAUUGUGGGUUGUGCUUUUGGAUGGAACCAAAAGAUUAAUAUUCUUCCAGCACUACCUCACAAUACAUGCAUGGCAUUAUGAUAGACACAUUGCCCUUGUCCUGCAUGCAGCUGAAUAUGCCAUAGCUUAUGGGUCAGAAUCAUGUUGACAAUGUCUAAGCCGAUUUAAAUGAGCAGUUUGCUAUUUCCAGUGGAGGAAUCAAAUAUGUAUUUCCGUUAAAGGAGAAUUAAACCCUAAAUAUUAAUAUAGGUUGAAAUGCCAUUUUUUAUAUACUGAACUUACUGCACCAGCCUAAAAGUACAGCAUCUUUUUAGUACUAAUUAUCCAGUCCUUUACAGUUGUGCACAGGUCCCAAUCAUGGAUUUUAUUAGAAGUGUCAGUGACAAUGCACAUGCACAGUGUGGUCUGGGCAGCUGUUGAGAAGCUUAGGUUUGGGGGUUGUCACAAAUUAUUAAGCAGAAAAUUAGGUUUGUCUGUAAUAUAAGCCGAUGUUACAGGGCUAAAUAUUACAUUCUAUAGCUAAUUGCAGUAGUUUCAGAGCUACCAUGUACUAAUAAUCUGGAUAAUUGAUUCUAAAGCUAAUUGCAGUAGUUUCAGAGCUACCAUGUACUGAUAAUCUGGAUAAUUGAUUCUAAAGCUAAUUGCAGUAGUUUCAGAGCUAACGUACUAAUAAUCUGGAUAAUUUAUUAAUCAGCCUUAUAUUGUGACAUUUAUAAUCUAUAUAUACAGUAUAUUGUGAGUCAGCCCCUAAUCUCAGUAACUGACAGCAGCACAGAGCAUGUGCAGUGAAUCAGCAGAAAAGAAGAUAGGAGGCUACUGGGGGGCAUAUUUGGGGGCACAGAUCUUCCCUGCUAAAGGGCUGUGGUUGUCUUGGGCUGGUAACGGAAGCCCACAACAUUUAUGCCCUACUUCUUUAGUUAGGCUUUAGUUCUCCUUUAAAAUGCAUUGAAUAAAAAUGUCAAAAGAAAGUUGGAAAGUACUGAUCUUUGUUUUUUUUCAUGAUUAAGUUACACAAACCAUUCAAAUGGGACACAAAACUUACUAAUAAUAAAUAAUGGUGAUGAUGUA